AUGGAAGUGUUUACGUUAUUUCGGGUUUGUUUGUACAUGUUGAAGGUGCCUCUGAUUUUAGUAAUAAUCACGGUCUUCUUUUCAGUGUAUCAGAUAAUCUGUUCCUUAUCCAUGCCGAGAUUAUCUGUUAAUCCUUAUAUUCAUAAAACUAGGAUUAAAACGGAUUUAAAUACCGAAGACAUCAAAAUAGCAUUCGAUGUCAUGCCUAUAUCUGAUUCCUCUAUCUUCCCCGAGAUAUCCAAUAUAUCAUUAUUUAGGAAUAUUUCUCAAAUUGGCCAAAUCAAGACGAGUUAUUUCUAUGAUAUGACAUAUUCCAACAUUUUUAUGUAUUUCCAACCAAUAAUUACACACGACGAAAGACAUUUUAUGCUGUAUACUUUCGAAAUCUUUAUUCGCGCAUGUCAAAAGGCGAAUAUUACUUACUUCCUGUAUGGAGGAACGUUAAUGGGUGCUUACAGACAACAUGGAAUGAUUCCGUGGGACGAUGAUAUUGACGUCAUGUUAAACUCUUCUGAAAAGCGAAAAGCCAGAACAGUAUUAUCCAAAGUGCCAAAUUUCGGUUUGUUUUCGCCUCAUAAACGACAGUGGAAGUUUUAUCACAAAUCAUUAAGAACCCUCAGUCAUAAACCUUACCGCUGGCCGUUUAUAGAUAUUUUCUUUUUCGCGGAGAACGACACUCAUAUCUGGGAUACAGCACUAUCCUACAGAGACGAAUUUGUGUAUAAAAAAUCUAUAAUAUUUCCUCUACAGUAUCGGCCAUUUGAAAAGACUUUAUUACCAGUUCCAUGCAAUAUAUUAAAAACAUUAAAAACUAAUUACCUCGUACAAGUGUGUUCUACAACUAAUUUUCUACAUAAACUCGAAUCAGGAACCCCUACUCGGUAUAAAAAGAGGGUCUCCUGUAAAAGACUUCAUGAGAUUUACCCGUUUGUCUUUCGUCAUGAAACUUAUGAUUCCAUUAUAGAGUCUAUUUUAAUAAAUGGCACCUUGAUAAAAUCAGCAGUACUUCCAAAAUAUUGUUGA